AUGUCGGUGAGUCAAGAGACACGAGAAGAGCGAGCUGAGGCCGCCGCGAGAAAGGCAGCUGACGAGCUCGCGGCCAUCCGGAGCGAACGCGGGAGACAACGGGAGGCUGAGCAUGAGCGCGAGGAAAGCCUCCGCCUGCACAAGGACUACGGGCUGCAGGGCGGCGAGGAGCGGCGUGGCGGCGUCCUCGAGAGCAUCAAGGAGGGUACCAAGUCCCUAUUCGGAGCCAUAACCGGCCGGACGCAGGAGGCGGCCGAGAAGACCGCGGAGAAAGCAGGGGAGACCAAGGAUGCCGCCGUGCAGAAGGCAAGGGCGGUCAAGGACUCCGCUUCGCAGAAGGCGGGGGAGACGAAGGACAAGACGGUGGAGACAGCAAGAGAGACCAAGGACUCUGCGGCGGAGAAGGCAAGAGAGAUGAAGGAUAAGACCAUGGGGAAGGCGGGGGGUUACAAAGACUACGUAGCAGACAAGGCGAAGGAGGCGAAGGACGCUACAGCGGAGAAGACGAGGAAGUACAAGGAGUCAGCGGAGGUGCGGGAGAGGGAGGCGAAAGACACUGCAGCAGAGAAGGCUAGGGAGCACAAAGAGUCGGCGGAGGAGAGGGCGAGGCAAGCUGCGGAGGAGACCAGGGAAACCAAGGACAUGGUCGCUGAGAAGACGAAGGGAACGACAGAAUCAGCCAAGCAGAAGAUGGAGGAGUACAAGGAUGCAGCAGCUGACGCGGCUCGCAAGGCGAGAGACUACUUGGCCGGGACAGGAGAAGUAACAAAGGAGAGGUUGGCGGAGGCAGAGGAGAAGGCGGAACAGAAGAUGGAAGAGGCCAAGCGAAAGGAGGAGCAAAGUCGAAGGGAGGAAGAGAGUAGGCAGUGGACUGAGGAGGGCAAAGAAGCGGGGGGAGGGGGUUUAUUUGGUGCGAUAGGGAGCAUGGCAGAGUCGAUAAAGGAGAAGCUGAGCGUCUCCAAGGAUGAGACUGAGCCCAAGGAGGAGGAGAGACUGACGGUAGUGUGUGCAACGGUAAGGGAUGCCGAGGGCGGCGAUGACGAUGUACCGCUGCGGGUGAAGGAGGCGGACCAGUCGAGCGGGCAAGGGUUCAACGACGUGGGGAAGAUGGGAGAGGAGGGAACGGGGCCGCCAUCGCUUCGCCUCGGCCGCCAUGGCGAUAAGUGA